AUGUCCGUCGUCGGCGACGUAGCAUCCGUCAGUGAGGAGCCAGGCAGAGCUUACCAGAAAGCAUGGAAGCCAGCUGGAGACAGGGUAAACGAGUGGCCACGGAUUGGAUGGCUGGACAUGGCCCCAGCGCCAGGCAUGAAUCGAUGCUUCCGCGACGACACUGCUGCGAAUCGAAGCGGUGUUGGUCGCAGCCAGGACCAGAAGCGAAGCAGCGCGGACCUCGAGGGCGAAGCUGGUCCGGGCCAUUGA